UCCAGUAGAACUCAAAAAUUCAACCCCUAAAAAAUUAAAUAGAAGCAUCCAAAGCAAAUUUCGAUGCAGUUGUACACACACUGUCACUGCUACUAACCUGGAGAUCUUCACCAUUUUCACAGAGUAAAACAAAACAAAUCAUAUAAGAAACUACCCCUCUCCUUCUUUCAUUUCACCAUUUCAAAAUUUUCUCUCACUCUCCUCUCACUUUCAAAUUCAAAUUUCUAGGGUUCUUAAUUAUCUCUUCUUCCUUCCUCUGUGCAUUUCUCUAUUUUGCUUCUGUGAAAGAGAGUGAGGUGGUGGUGAGAAUUGAAUGGAACUUGAUUUGUUCUUUCUCUUUCAAUUUCUGUAAACAGGUCUAUCUUCUUAAAUGCUCCUGUUUCUGUUUCUUUUCUUAUCUACUUAAACAUUCUUCAUCGUCUCUUCUCUGCAAUUUCUUUGAAUUCAAUGCAAUAAGUUUUUUUUCAACUUGUUCUAUCAACACAUUCCUUCUUGUUUGAUGAAUCAUGGAAAUUGAGCUGAAAUCAAAAAAGAAACCAGUAAUGGAGAGAAGAAUUGUGCUUUUAAAAGAUUUCUUGAAAGAAGAAAUGAGUUCAUGUUCAUCAAAUGGAUUCAAAUCAUUUCCAAGAAAAACUUGUUGUACUUAUUCAAUCAGACAUCUUGUUGAAAUGGAUCUUAAAUCUAGAGAUCUAACUAAAAACCCUAGUUUCCCUAAAAACCAUCAUCUCCUCAGAAACAAAUCAUCAUCAACAACAGCAACUUCAACUACAAUUUCAGCAUUACAAAAAGCUUCAGUCGCUGUAAUCAAUGUAGUCAAGUACUUAACAUUUUCUUCAUCAUCAUCCAGUAAGCUAUCUUCAUUAUCAUCAUCAUCGUCAUCAUCAAGGAAACAGGGGAAUUCAUUAUCAAGAAGUGUCUCGAAGAAAUUGAAAAGCAAAAGUUUCUGGAGAAAAAAUAACAGUGAAAAGAAUAACAGGAAAGUUGAGAAAGAGAUCAUUAAAGAUGCUGGUAGAGUUAAAGAUAUCAUGAAAUGGAAAUCAUUUCGUGAUUUACAGAAAAGAUCAUCUUCUUCAUUAUCGAUUCAAACAAUUACAACAACUACAAACACUAUUUAUAGUUGGUCACCAUCAUCAUCUGAUUCUGAAUGUGAUACUCAUGAUAAUCAUCAUUCUCGUGAAUUUAAAUCAUACAAACAGAAAAAAGAUACAGAUUCUUCUGAUUUACAUUGUUCUUCAUCAAUUAGUGUUAGUACUGGUAUCAGUAUUUCAGAAUGUCCAGCUGAUGAUUCUUCAGAUAAUAAGCUGAAUCAAAAAUGUACUAGUACAAACCAAGAAAUUGUUGUUGAAGAAGAUGAAGAAGAAAUUUCCAUUCAAAAGGGAGAUCUGCGGGGUGAGCAGGGCCAUCAGUAUGGAAAGGUCCAGCAAUUUAACAGUCCGGUUUCAACUCUUGAUUUUCCAAGUGAAGAAGAUGAUGAAGAAACUAGCUCAUCUUCUUCGCCAUCUUUGUUUCAAUCUAGCCUUGCCAACAUGGAAAAGUCGAAGAAAAAUCUUAUGCAGAAAAUCCGUCGGUUCGAGGGCCUUGGCCAACUAGACCCUAUCAAUUUAAGUAAGAGAAUUGCAUCAUUUGAAGCCAUAUUGAGCCAUGAUUCUCUUGAAUCACCAAGUGAUAGUUAUGCAUCGUCGAUUUUCACAAGUAGUUCACACGUUAUUUCAACGGUAUCGGAACAACAAGAAGAGGAAGAGGAGGAAGACGAAGAAGAAGAUCAAAUGUCCAAAGCAGAAGAAAAAGCCAAAAACCUUUUUCAAUGCACCAUCAAAGAAACGGCUAGAAAUGAAGAGAACCUUAAAUCAGUUAAUAGUAUCGAAGAUCUUCUUUUGCUUGAUUUCUUCAAAGACGAAAUCAUGGAAAGAACUACAGAUGAAAGGGUGGUAGUAAGUAAAAGAAGUGAGGAGAAAUUGGACAAUGAGUUGUUGAGAUUAGCUAAGAAUUGGAUGAAUGGACAGUGUGACCCAUUAGACUGGGGACUUCAAGAUAGCAGAAAAGUUCAUGUUAAAGAGAUGGAGAAAGGUGGGCAAUGGAGUAUUAGUAAUGAAGAUAUAGUAUUUGAGAUGGAGAUUAUGAUUGCGGGUUCAUUAAUGGAUGAAGUGUUAGCUGAACUCUUAUCUUGAAUUUUGGUUGGUUUAGAAGCACAAAACUACAACCGGACUCCAUUCAAUUCAAGUACAACUAAAUUGCAACCAUUGGAAACCUUGGCUGUUCGGGUCGUUUGCAGGAGUAUUUUUUUGGAUGAAAAAAAAAUAUGAUAGAAACAGUUGCAGUACUACACCAGUAAGGAUCAUAGCAUCUAUGUGUUGAUUACAGAGCUUCAAAAUUGUAAUGGGACUUAGUUUGUGAAUAUCUUAGGAUAAACUUAAGGAGGCGGAAUUCAUUUCAUUAGGGUAUUUGGUUAAGAACCGCUGGUUCUUUCACUUUUGUUUUUUGGUACCCAAGAAUUUGAAAGAAGCCACCUUGAGGACAAGUAAACAGUAAUUCUGAAUUCAGUAGGUAAGGGGACCAUCAUCAAUUUUUUUCCAGCUUUUAUUCUGUUUAUCUGAAAAUCUAGUUCAGAUUUCAGUCAUCAAUCUUUGUAGUUCUGUAUUACUUUCUUGAAUCUGUAAACAUACUACCAAAUGGCCUCACGUAGAGGCAAUCCUUAAUGAGGAUGGAUGGAGAAAAGCAGAAAUGGUUGUUUUUUUUGGGUGCCAAAGUGGAAACAAAAUAAAACAAUAUGCUAGACA